AUGGCCGAGCCCAGCGCUUUCUCGCAGAGCGACACGUCGGCCACAUGGCCGAAAGGCGGGAUCCACGACAGCAAGCGCCCGCCUCUCCCCACGUCGUUCCAUUCGGAGAAACGGUCGGGUCAUCACGCUCGCAGCGACGAUACGACUGGUAGCAGCAACAUACCCAGCAGCAACCUAACCAGCAGCAACUUAACCACUCGCAGUGACUUUCCGUCUUCCAUGCUAACCGACGAGCUGCCGCAUUUGUGCAGUUGGAAGUCGUCGACUUCGUCCACGGAUGGCGCGUCUGGGGACGUGAACACGGGCACGUACACGCGCGUGUCGCUCAAGGUCAAAGCCUUCAGUCGUCUGGGCGAGAUGGUGCACUGCUCUGGCUCGUCGUUUGUCAUGGGCCACUUUAACCCGAACGAGAGCAUGACGCUCGUGACCACGCCCGAGGACUAUCCCUACUGGACGACUGUCAAGCCCAUGAUCUUGCCCCGAGGAGUCCCGCACCAGUACAUGUACGCGCUGUUCUCUGGCGGUGUCUUUAGCUCCUGGGAACAAAUCGCUUGUGAACGAGUGCUGAUCCCUGAAGGACGAGAGAUGCUGGUGGUGGAAGAGUACGGGCAAUUCGAUCGGGACAUGGAGCUCGUGCCGACAGGUGAACGCACGGAACGCUCCCUGGUCUAUGAACGUCGGAAAUUAGAGCAGCCAAUGGCAACAAGACUACGGGACUCGACCAAGGAGAAGGAUAAUGAUGCUGCUGCUGCUGCUGAAGAUGCUGGAGCGGCGUGGACGGAGAAGGAAACAAGAGCAGCUGAUGUGGCGGCUAGUGUCGUGGAUGAUGAAGACCAGGCAGAUAGCACCAAGUCCCCAUGUAGCGGCAGUGUGACAAGCUCGCCUGGUCAGCGGUUUCGACAGAAGGACAAAAUGCAGAGCAGGUACAAGCGGUACAUGCCGUCAAACUAUCGUCCGUCGCCUGAUGCCGUGCUGUUCCUGGUGUGCUAUCACUUGCCUGUGAAACUGACGAAGUCGAUCGAGAGUGGAUCCUGGUCGGCUACGUGGAACCGCGACAGUUUGAUUUCGAGAAGUGAAAACAGCAUUGCAGAGAGCAUGAAUACGACGUGGGUGGGCUGUGUGACGUAUCACGCACGAAGCGAUCAGGAAGAGCUGUCAGCUGAUGACAAGAGCGAGAUCACAGCAAUAUUGGCCAAGAUGAACUGUAUCCCCGUGUUCAUUGACCGAGAGCUGGCAGCAAACCACCACGGCGGAUACUGCAAAAACAAGCUGUGGCCCAUGUUUCACAAUGUCGACAUCUUGGACAUUUACUACGCUAUCUGGGAUCGCGCAGAAGUGAUCGAGUGGAAAGAAGAACGCAACAAUGGUGAAUGGUGGGAUGCGUAUCAGACAGUGAACGGGCUACUGGCCAACCGUGUCAGCGAGAUGUGCAAGGAAAAUGACACCGUUUGGGUGCACGACUAUCACUUGUUGCUAUUCCCGUCGUAUCUGGCCAACACGUGCAGGAGGGAGAAUCGCAAGCGACCCAAGAUGGUGUUUUUCUUGCACGUGCCCUUUCCUACGUCGGAAGUCUUUCGAGAGCUCUCUCACGGCACGCAACUGCUAGAAGGUGUGCUGGACGUGGACAUUGUAGGAUUUCAUUCAUUCGAUCACGCCCGCCAUUUCCUUAACGCCUGCAAACGUUUCCUGGGCCUCUCAUAUCAGUCUCGACGCGGUGGGAACUUGGGUGUCGAUUACUGUGGUCGCAAUGUGAUUAUCACAAUCAGCCACGUAGGUAUCGAAACGACGCUAAUUCGCGAGAUGAUUGGCAACCCCGAUGUGCAGGAAGCAGCACGUAAGCUUCGCGAGAAACAUGCAGGUAAGCUGCUUAUUGCAGGUGUGGAUGUCUGUCAGCGGCUGAGUGGCAUUCCGCUCAAGAUGCUAGCAUUUGAGCAGUUUUUCAGUAAUUGUCCGACGUGGAAGGACAAGCUUGUGUUUGUGGAGCGAGCCAACCUGACACAAAGCCGACCGGGCGACCAAAGUUAUAGUAGCAACGAGAUCCGCAAGCUCGUGGAUCGGAUUACCAAGGCGCACGGUUCCGGGUGCAUCGAUUACGAGGAGACGUCAACUCCAUUUACUUUGGAAGAACGCGUGGCACUUUGGCUCGCCAGCGAUAUUUUGAUGGUGACGUCAAUCCGCGAAGGACUCAACUUGAAGCCGCUGGAGUUUGUGUUUGCGAAGGGUGUAGAGCCGACAAAUCGACCGGGUGUAGUUAUUCUGAGCGAGUUUUCGGCGUGCUGUUGUGUACUAAACGGUGCCGUGCGUGUGAACCCCUGGAACAUCACCGGCUUGGUGAACUCGUUGGACCACGCGUUGACAAUGAGCGACGAAGAGCGCCUUGGCCGUCGUGCACGGGAUCUGCCUUACAUUACAAGUCAACCUGCUGCGAAUUGGACGAAACAAGUGCUGUCUGUUCUACACGAAGCGACCGACAAUCCGGAGGGUGACGAGGAAUAUACAAACAUGGAGUAUACGGAUAUGGAGAUUGGUCGCUCCCACGUGUUGCGCAUUGGUGAUCGAUCUGACUUCAAGCAGUUGAAUAUCGACAAAGUCAUGACGGCAUAUAUGCAGUCCAACCGGCGUGUGUUCUUGCUCGAUUACGGUGGCACCAUUAUUGCGCGUGAAAACAUUGCAAUGUUUAUCAAGAAAGACUUUACAGCAGUGACGAGUAAACGGCCGUCUCCACGCAUGAUGGAGGCAUUGACGAACUUGACAAGUGAUCCGCGGAACACAGUAUUCGUGGUCAGUGGCGUGAGCAAGUUGAACUUGACUGCCUCGCUUGGACACAUUCAUGGUCUUGGUCUGGCGUCCGACAAUGGAGCAUUGUACUCAUGGGCUCGAUCCGUCAACAUUGAUAAUCCUGAGGACUCGAAUAUGCAGGACGCUAGUAGCCCAAGCGGUCGUCACUGGCACGAGCAAAGGUUCAAAUUUGACUGGGCUGCUGUCCGUGAGGUAGUCGAUCCAAUUCUUAAGGUGUACUGCACGCGCACAAAUGGUAGUGUAUUGCGGCAUACUGAACAGAGUAUCGCCUGGAACUUUCGCUCGACUGACCCGGAAUGGGGUUUGCUGCAAGCCAAUUCGCUGCAGAACGAUUUGGAGGAAGUGAUUCGCGAUCUUCCUGUGACCAUUAUCCGCAAGAAGGGUCUGCUAGAGAUUGUGCCAGAAGGGUUUAAUAAGGGUGUGGUAGCCAGACAGAUCUUGACGCAAGAUGCGAGUAUCAGCCACGGCCACCCGGAUUUUCUCUUUUGCAUCGGCGACGAUACAACAGAUGAGAGUAUGUUCAAGGCAAUUUACGACUAUUAUGCCGAGCGAACGGAAGAUAGCAUACACGGACACCCCGGCAGCAGCUACGAAGACUUCCUUGUUACAGGCGAUGAAGGCCCGCUUCACCACGUCUUCACAUGCACAGUGGGUAAGAAGCCCAGCAACGCACAUCUGUACGUCAACAACGUGGGCGAGGUCGAGCAGCUGUUACAAGCUCUGGGCAAGGCAUCCGGCGAGGUGCGUAACACAUAG